AUGGGAUCAACUCCGGACUACAACCUGCCCCCGCAGGAGCUUACAUUUGACGGGUUCCUCUUCGACAUGGACGGUACUAUUAUUGACUCCACGGAAGCAGUAGUAAAGCACUGGGAAACAAUUGGGAACGAGAUAGGCGUUGCCCCCGAAGUUAUCCUCGAGACUUCUCAUGGACGACGAAGCAUCGACAUUCUCAAGAUUCUCGCACCUGAAAAGGCGAACUGGGAUUCGACCGCUGAUCACUUCCCAGAUGUACGUGACAUGGAAGGACGUCUUCCAAAGUACCACGGCCACGAGGCUGUCGAAAUACCUGGCGCCCGUUCCAUGCUAGAAGCACUUAUCGUUAGAUCUAGCCCAUGGGCGAUCGUCACAUCGGGCACCGUCCCUCUCGUCACCGGAUGGCUACGUGCUCGAGACCUGCCCACACCGCCGUCGGAUCACCUCGUCACGGCAGAAUCCGUUGAGAAUGGUAAACCUGACCCCGCCUGCUACCGCCUCGGCCGUGAGCGUCUCGGUCUGCAGGCGGAGGACGCCCAGGUCCUCGUCCUCGAGGACAGCCCAGCAGGGAUCCGCGCAGGAAAAGCAGCAGGCUGCAAAGUUCUCGGCCUGGUAACUAGCCAUACCGUCGAGCAGGUCAUUGCUGCAGAACCAGACUGGGUCGUUCGAGACCUCUCCUCAGUCAAGGUGCUUCGGAGCGAGGGCGGAAAGGUGACUAUCGAGAUUUCGAAUGCGCUCCGAAUCUAA